UCAAAGUUAGUAGGUUUCGUCAUUUCGUUGUGUUUACGCGUGUAAGUAAAAUCACUAAGUUUAAAUAAAUUGUAUCUUUAAGACAGUCGUCAUGAAACUAGAUUUAGAUACGUUGGAUCCUUUUGAAAUUGUUGUGGGUACUUACGAGCAAUAUUUACUCGGUUAUAAAGUAUCUAAUAUCGUAAAUGAAUAUAAACUUGAGAAAAGUUUUGUCACACAUAGCCAUCUGGCCAGUAUAAGAAGUGUUGCUAGCAAUAAAUAUUAUUUAGCAUCUGCUGGUGCAGAUGACUCAAUCUAUUUGUAUGAUUUACGUAAUAGAAUAGAAUCUGGCAGAUUAAUGCAUCAUAAUGAUACUGUUAACCAUAUAACUUUUACACCAGAAGCGUCACAUUUAUUUUCAUGUAGUAAUGAUGGGACAAUAGCUGCCAUUGGGUGUGGAAAUUGGCAAAUUGAAAAACAUUGGCAAAAGCCACAUAAAGGUUUAUCUGUUCAUACUGUAGCUAUACAUCCGACAGGGAAAUUAGCUUUAUCUACAGGAGCUGAUGGUAUUCUUAGAACAUGGAACUUAGUUAAAGGACGACAGGCAUAUGCUACGAAUUUGGUACCGCGUUUAAAACUGGAUGCUAAAAACAUUACAGUCUUAAAGUGGAGUCCAAAUGGAGAAAAAUAUCUUUUGGCAGUAAAUCAAAAAAUUGAUAUAUAUUCGGUAGAAUUGGCAGGUAUUGAUGAUGAAGUACAAUUUGAUUCCAAAAUCGUGUGUGUAGAAUUUUUAAGAGAUGACUUGAUUGCUGUUGGCUUAGAAAAUGGUCAAAUUAAAUUUUAUGAUCUUGAUAAAUCUGUGCAUACAUUAAAUACAUUGGCACAUGAUAUUAGAAUAAAAUGUAUGGCACACAAAGAUGAUUUAUUGGUAACAGCAUCCAGUUCUGGUGAAAUUAAACUUUGGAGGUUUACUAAGCAUAAAAUAGAUAUGUUGCAGAGUAUUAAUUGUGGUGCUAGAAUUACUUGUCUUACGCUUGCAAUGCCAUAUAAUAAUAUAAUGCAUAAAAAAGAAAUUCAAUCAAAGAUUGAACAAAAAGUAAAAAGCAAAAAUAUGUUCCGACUGCAACAGGAAGUUAUUGUGGAAGAAAAUUGUGAUGAUGAUUGGGAAGUGACAUCUGUUGAUAAUUGUGAUAUAAAAUCAAUUACUAAAUCAAAGAGUAAUUCAAGAAGAGCAGAAUGGAUAGAAGAAGACAAUAAUCCUCCAGGCAAGAAAAUAAAAUUAAAUACAGACAAACAAUGUAGUAAAAAUAAUAUGUGGAAUAAAAGAAGUAUUGAAUCUGUAGAAAAAGACACUUCUCCUUCACCAAAGAAGAAAAGCUUAAUCGAAGAUAGGAAUAAUAAUAAGAAGAAAAAGAAAAAUUUACACAUUGAGAAAAGAAAAAAGGAUGAAAUAAUGCAAGAUAUUACUCAGAUGUCUUCCAAAAAAAUAAAAAAAACUGUAAAGAAAAAUACGGAAUCUGGUAAUAAUAUUCAGAAGAAAAGAAAAAUAGAAUUAGUUAAAGUAGAAGAAAGUAAUAACAAACUUAAUAAAAAAAUGAAAACGAUAAAAGAGGGACAACAUUCUAUAAUGUCAAAUAAAAAGAAAAAGACAACAGUAACUUGAAAAAGUAGUUAUUUUUUGAAUGAUAUUUACAGUUGGUAAAAUGAGGUUCAGAAUACACAAAAUGUAAGAGUAAUAAUAAAUUAUUCACUAGCUCCUAUCA